CUUGCGCUUUCUGCCGAGUGGCAGCCUUAUUUUUGCUCAGUGGACUGCUGUCCUGUCCACUGACCCUCACCCUACUGCUUUUGCUGGAUCUGAGCUUGCUUGUUUGGAAUAAAACACAUUUUCUUCUUAUUGUGGACUGGUAAAUUUCUGUUGGUGAGCUGGUAAACUAAAGGGCAGCCAUUGUAAGUUGGCGGAGCGGCCCUUCAGGAUGUCAGGAUCAGUGCAAGUGACUCAGAAGCAGCAGCAGAAGCUGCAGCUGCAUCAACAGCUGGAGGAGAAGCAGCACUAUGAAAGCAGCUAUUACCUGAGCACCAGGUCGUCUGUUAGCAAGCAGUCCUUCUCAACUCACAAGACCAGCAGCCAUCGCCUGAAGACCUCUGUGAAGACAGACAAGGGUCAGCAGGUGGUUAAACUAAGCCCGCUUCCCAAAAGAGCCAAACGUACCUACCUGGCCAUGGACAAGGACAAAGAAGUAAUAGGCUACGUCAUUCCUAUGUUUAGAGCAAACCAUGACGUCAUUCGGGGACUCAUGGAGGCUCAGGAGGAUGAUGUUACAGAGGAGGGCAUUAACUAUGUGGCAAUGAGAAACCUGUUUGUCAGGGAGGCCAGGGAGGCCAUGGAGGUAAAGGUUGAGAAGAAAACAAGAUCAAAACAUGUCAGGGAAUCAGCAGAGCGCAUGGAAUUUGACAGAGCGUUGGAAGAGUGGUCAGAGUUUCGUAAGAAAAUGCACCCAGAUAGGCUGACGCACCCUCCAGAGUUUAUUGUCAAGCCCCGUGGACAGACUGUGUGGGAGGGCAAAACAGUCAGGCUGCACUGCACCGUGGCCGGAUGGCCAAAACCAAGGAUUGCUUGGUACAAGAACAAUGUGCUGAUCGAUGCCAAGGGCCAUCCUGAGAAGUACACAGUGGAAAGCACUUACAACAUGCACUCCCUGGAGAUCAAGAAUUGCGAUUUCUUGGACACUGCUCAGUAUUAUGCCUCCGCUCUCAAUGUGAAAGGGGAAGCUUCCUCUGCAGCUACUGUUGUUGUCAAAAGGUUCAAAGAUACAGAAGAAAGUCCAUUUGAUCCCAAACCACAUGGUUUUUGCCCUGAGCAUGGGGUAACUUUUCAUACAAGCAUUAUUGACAAAUUUGAAGUGGCCUUUGGUCGUGAGGGGGAAACACUGAGUCUGGGCUGCACUGUCAUCAUUUUUCCCACUGUGAAAAAGUACCAGCCUGAAGUUGUGUGGUACAGAAACUCUGUACCUCUGAAGCCCUCCAAGUGGGUGCACACACACUGGUCUGGAGAACGCGCCACUCUCACUCUAACCCACCUUAACAAGGAAGAUGAGGGCAUGUACACCUUGCGCGUCAACACAAAAUCUGGCUUUGACUCCUACUCAGCCUAUGUGUUUGUCAGAGAUGCUGAUGUGGAGCUGGAGGGGGUUCCCGUGGCCCCCCUGGAUGUGCGUUGUCACGAUGCCAAUAAGGACUAUGUAGUGGUAACCUGGAAGCAGCCAGCAGUAGAGGGCAGCAGCCCCAUCCUCGGAUACUACAUCGACAGGUGUGAAGUGGGCACCCAUCACUGGGCUCAGUGUAAUGAUGCCCCAGUCAAGUACGCCCGGUUCCCUGUUACAGGGCUGGUGGAGGGGCGUUCUUAUGUCUUCAGGGUGCGUGCCUUUAACAACAUGGGAGUCAGUCGUCCAUCCCGCAUCUCUGAUCCUGUGGUUGCCAUGGAUCCUUCAGACCGAGCUCGACUCAGAGCUGGUCCACUGGCACCUUGGACUGGGGUGAUCAAGUUCACAGAAGAGGAACCCACUGUGGGUGUGAUUCCUGGAGAACCCACUGAUGUUGUGGUCACUGAGGCCACCAAGAGUUAUGUGGUGCUUGCCUGGAAGCCCCCAGAGCAACGGGGUCAUGAGGGAGUCAUGUAUUACAUUGAGAAAUGUAUUCAAGGGACAGACACCUGGCAGAGGGUGAACACUGGGAUGCCAGUGAAGUCCCCUCGCUUUGCGAUCUUUGACUUGGCAGAGGGUAAAUCGUACAACUUCCGUGUGCGAUGCUGCAACUCCGCUGGCGUGGGCGAGCCCUCCGUACCCACCGGAGAAACCAUAGUUGGUGACAAACUUGAUCUUCCCUCUGCCCCAGGCAAUCCAGUGGCCACCAGGAACACAGAUACCUCAGUGGUUGUCACCUGGGGGGCAUCUAAGGAUGUAAAGCACUUGGUUGGCUAUUACAUUGAAUCUAGUGUGAUGGGAACUGAUGUGUGGAUGCCUUGCAACAAUAAACCUGUCAAGCAGACCAGGUUUGUGUGCCACGGCCUCACCACAGGGUCCAACUACGUGUUCAGAGUGAAGGCGGUGAACGCUGCUGGAUAUAGCCAGAACUCCUCCAAUUCUGAUGCCGUGCUUGUACAGGCUGCUAUCUCUGUACCUGCAAGUCCCACCAAUGUGAACCUACUGGAAGCAGUGAAGGACUACAUGGUUCUGGGUUGGACUGCACCCACUGACAAUGGAGGAGCCGACAUUAGAGGAUACUUUGUGGAUUACAGAACAGUGAAGGGGAACAUUUAUGGAAAAUGGCAUGAAAUGAACCAAAAGGCUCUAACCACAACUUCCUAUAAGGCCGAGAACCUGAAGGAAAACAUCUUCUAUCAGUUCCAAGUCCGUGCAAUGAACAUGGCAGGUGUGAGUAAACCCUCUCUGCCCACUGCAGGUUUGGAGUGCAAGGAAUGGACCAUUACUAUUCCAGGACCCCCUGUUGGUCUCCAUGUGAUGGAGGUCCGUGACACCUCUGUUGUGGUCUUGUGGGAACCUCCUGUGUUUGAUGGACGCAGCCCCGUCAACGGCUACUACCUGGACAUCAAGGAUGUGUCUGCAGGCGAGGAAGGCUGGAAGGCUGUGCAUGAGAAGACCAACAAGGGAAAGUUCAUGAAGGUGACUGGGCUGACAGCAGGAACAUCCUACGUCUUCCGUGUGCGUGCUCAGAAUCUUGUUGGAGUUGGGAAAUCCUCCCAAGAUUUAGGUCCAAUUCUGGCCCAGACUCGCCCUGGCACCAAGGAGAUUUAUGUGGAUGUUGAUGACAAUGGUGUCAUUUCUAUGAUUUUUGAAUGCUCUGAGAUGAAAGAAGGCUCACAGUUUGUUUGGUACAAGAACUACCAGGAAAUCACUGACGCAUCUCGUCUCACUAUUGCCACCCAGGGCGGCAAAUCCAGAGCUAUCUUUAACAGUCUCUCUAUGGAGGAUUUGGGCACCUUCUCCUGUAUGGUCACCAACACCGAAGGCAUCUCCUCCAGCUACACUCUCACUGAGGAGGCCCUCCUGCGUCUCCUGGAUCUUAGCCAUGAACACAAGUUCCCUGAUGUCAUCAUUGAGCAAGGAAAGAAAUACACAAUGAAGUUCGACAAGUCCAGCGGCCUUAUAGAACUAUUUAUGGACUCUCUGGAAGUCACUGAUGAAGGAACGUUUACCUUUAACCUGGUGGAUGGCAAGGCUAAAGGCACAACAAGUCUAGUGCUAAUUGGAGAUGAAUUUAGGGAGCUACAAAGGAAAUCUGAGUUUGAGAGAGCAGAAUGGGUCAGGAAACAAGGUCCUCACUUUGUUGAGUACCUUGGCUUUACUGUCACUCAAGCAUGUGAUGUGCUGCUAAAAUGCAAGAUUGGAAAUAUCAAACCAGAGACUGAGAUUAUAUGGUCUAAGGACAGCAUUGAGAUUGCAGAGGAUGAUGAGGAUGCUGCGAAAAUUGAGAAAAAGGACUGCGACCUGACCUUUAAUAUUGGAAAGUGGGUUAUUAAGCAAGAGCAAAAGAAAGGAAGGAAAAAACCAUCUGCAAAGGACGUCCUCCUGCCACCAAGGCCUAAAAUCUCCAAGCAAGACGCAGGUAUCUACGAGGUCUUCCUGAGAGACGAGAGAGGAAAAGAUAAGAGCGCCUUCAAUCUUACAGAAGCAGGAUACCAAGCUGUAAUGAAUGAGCUGUUCAGAGUUAUUGCCAAUUCUUCCAGUGACAUUCAAAUUCAGAGUUCUGAAAAUGGCAUCAUCCUCUACUCCAAUGUGACAUAUUAUGAUGAGAACCUGCGUGUCGGUUGGCUUCAGAAAGAUGCCAAGAUUGCAGCUUCAGAGAGAGUUAAGUCCGGCGUCACAGGGGAACAGCUUUGGCUUAAGAUCAAUGAACCCACAGAGAAGGACAAGGGCAAAUACACCAUGGAUAUCUUUGAUGGCAAGGAUGGAGUAAAGAGAGUCUUGGAUCUGACUGGCAAGGCCUGGCAGAACGCAUUUGAAGAAUUCCAAAGGCUCAAAGCAGCAGCAAUUGCAGAAAGAAACCGCGCUCGUGUUGUUGGAGGCCUGCCAGAUGUGGUUGCGAUCCAGGAGGGCAAGUCCCUGAACUUGACUGGCAACGUGUGGGGUGAGCCCGCGCCUGAGGUGUGCUGGGUGAAGAACGACAAGGAGCUAGUGUCAGAUGACCACUACAAGCUGAAGUUUGAGCAUGGCAAGUUCGCCAGCAUCACAAUUGCAGCCGUCACCACGGCCGACUCUGGCAAAUAUGCCCUUGUGGUGAAGAACAAGUAUGGCAAGGAGGCCGGCGAGUUCACUGUCAGCGUGUACAACCCUGACGAGGAGAGCAGAGAGGAUAAGAAAGACUAAAUGUCAGGAAGAAAAUGGAGAUAAUUUGCUGAGAUGUCUCUAAAUAAUGUUACCAAGGCACAUGCUGGUGCAAUAAAGCUGUUAAAUGAA